AUGGCUCUUACGUUGCCAUUGAUCUUCCUCUUGUUAUCCCAUUUCUUCUUCCCUGGGGUCGAACCGACGAGCUUUGUUAUGGUGAACAAAUGUGAAUACACAGUCUGGCCGGGACUUUUAUCCAACGCCGGGGUUCCUCCGCUUCCGACUACUGGCUUCGUUCUCCAAAAAGGCGAAGAGCAAACCAUCGAUGCUCCAGCUUCAUGGGGCGGUCGUUUCUGGGGAAGAACACUCUGCUCCACCGGCACCGACGGUAAAUUCUCCUGCGCCACCGGAGACUGCGGCUCCGGGACACUAGAAUGCUCCGGAUCCGGCGCAACCCCACCGGCGACGCUAGCUGAGUUCACACUCGACGGAUCAGGAGGUCUAGAUUUCUACGACGUGAGCCUCGUGGACGGGUACAACGUUCCCAUGCUCGUCGUCCCUCAGGGAGGAUCAGGACAGAACUGCAGCAGCACUGGUUGUGUCGUGGAUCUGAACGGUUCGUGUCCGACGGAGCUGAGGGUGACGAGCGUCGACGGAGCGAAACAGUCGAUGGGUUGUAAAAGCGCGUGCGAAGCGUUUCGGACGCCGGAGUAUUGCUGCAGCGGCGCGUUCGGGACGCCUGACACGUGUAAACCGUCUUCGUACUCGUUGAUGUUCAAGAACGCGUGUCCACGUGCGUACAGCUACGCUUACGAUGAUCAGAGCAGUACCUUCACAUGCGCUAAGUCCCCUAACUACGUCAUCACCUUCUGUCCGUCUCCGAACACAAGUCAAAAAUCAUCUCAAGAUCAGAGCCCAGAUCCGAAACCGACGUCGACUCCUGCCGGAGGAAGUACGACGUGGUCGCCGGCUGAUACAUCGAUGAUAUACGAAGGAGCUUUGGAUCAGAGCAAAGCAUCACCUUCCACGUCUCAUCUUUCGUUAUGUGGAAUCACAGUCACACUUGCGCUGGCAUUUUGUCGGAUGUGGUGGCUCUUUUGA